AUGUCCACAAAGAAAUCAGUGGCUGCUGAGCAGGAACAUGGGGUCAGUAGGUGCAACAACAAAUCAGCACUCUGCAGCUUUGGAGGCAGAAACACCUGCAGAAAGCGACAGAAGGAGAGAGGAGAGGCACGAGAAAGCACAAAACUACAGCAGGUGAGUGAUGACAAUGAGCCACCCAGUUAUCAGGAGGCGACUGCAGGCUAUGGGGAGAUGGAGGCCCAGUUCGCCUGGGAUGACAAGACCAUCAGGCGGACCUUCGUCCGGAAGGUAUAUGCCAUUCUCAUGGUUCAGCUGCUUGUCACAGUGGGAAUUGUUGCUCUCUUCUCAUUUUGCGCACCUGUGAGGUUUUAUAUUCAGACUCAUCCUGGCUUGUACACGGCAUCUUACCUCAUGUUCUUUGCCACUUACAUUGCGCUGUCCUGCUGUGGAGACCUGCGGAGGCAGUUUCCUUGGAAUAUCAUAUUGUUAGUUCUCUUUACUUUGAGCAUGGCCUUCAUGAUGGGAUUUGUGUCAAGCUUUUAUAACACCAAAUCAGUGAUGCUGUGUCUGGGAAUCACGGCUCUGGUGUGUCUUUCUGUCACCAUCUUCAGCUUCCAGAGCAAGAUUGAUGUCACAUCCUGUCAGGGCGUCCUGUUUUCUUUGUGUGUGGUCAUGCUUCUCUGUGCCAUCACCAUCUCCAUUGUUGUCCCUUUCGGAUAUGUUCCCUGGUUACAUGCCACUUAUGCUGUGGUAGGAGCCAUUCUCUUCACUAUGUUCCUGGCAUUUGACACUCAGUUGCUGUUAGGGAACAAGCGCUACUCCAUAAGUCCAGAGGAAUAUGUUUUUGCCACCCUCAGCCUCUACCUGGACAUCAUCUACCUAUUCAGCUUCCUACUACAAAUCAUGGGCGGAGGCCGCGAGUAAAGCAUCUCCUCCACUUUUCCCUGCAUGCUCUAUAGCUGUCUCUCAGCUGAACUAUUUGAAUUCUCAACAACUCAACAACCCACUUGGAUUAAUUACCCACAUGAACCAGAUGACAUCAGGGCUAUGCGGGUUUUGAAUUAAUCACUGUUAUAGUUGUUUUUUCCAUUUUUAUUUUUUUAUACAUGAAUCAAAACUUGUUCUCUGCUUUUGGUUAUGUAACCUUGUCUAUACAAUCCCGCCUGAUACCUUACCGUAGAUGUUCACUGUACUCUGGCCAUUCUGGUUGAUCUGUUUUUGUAUCCCUCUAGGGUCUAAAUCGGCUCAUAAGUGGAUAAAACACCAAAACCACAGUUGAAUAUAUUCAGGUUUUCCUUGCUGCAUUAAUGUGCACAAUGUUCAUGCAUUUAGCACUUGAAGCAGUUCAGCAUAUUUGAUUAAGCUGAUCUACUUGCAUGAUUCUUGCAGUUCUUGGUUCGAAUCCACAUGGCUGAAUCCACAGAUAGUAAGUUUUUUUGGAUCAAAUUGUCAGUUAAAUAAAUGUAAUGUAAUCCAUCAAUGAUGCAAAAACAGGGAAGAUUCAGGAAAUCUUUUCCAGUUCAGCAGG